CGCCGCAAGCAAUGGUUCACAGGGCCGGGCUCUGGGCGAGCGGCCCCGGGCGGAGGCGCGGAGCUAGGGAGGGACCCCACGGGGUCGCCGGGCUUGCUGCAAGCAGCCGAGUAUAGUCGUAAGGGACGCGGGGCGCGCGUGGACCGGGAUGAGCAUGAGGACUCUCCGCAGGUUGAAGUUCAUGAGUUCGCCCAGCCUCAGUGACCUGGGCAAGAGGGAGCCGGGCGCAGACGAGCGGGGCACGCAGCAGCGCCGGGCCUGCGCCAACGCCACCUGGAACAGCAUCCAUAACGGAGUGAUAGCUGUCUUCCAGCGCAAGGGGCUGCCUGACCAGGAGCUCUUCAUCCUCAACGAGGGUGUCCGGCAGUUGCUGAAGACAGAGCUGGGAUCCUUCUUCACUGAGUACUUGCAGAACCAGCUGCUCACAAAGGGCAUGGUGAUCCUUCGUGACAAGAUACGCUUCUACGAGGGACAGAAGCUGCUAGAUUCACUGGCGGAGACCUGGGAUUUCUUCUUUAGUGACGUGCUGCCCACGCUGCAGGCCAUCUUCUACCCUGUGCAGGGCAAGGAGCCUUCAGUCCGCCAGCUUGCCCUGCUGCAUUUCCGGAACACCAUCACCCUCAGUGUGAAGUUGGAGGACGCGCUGGCCCGCUCUCAUGCUCGCGUGCCCCCUGCCAUCGCACAGAUGCUGCUGGUACUGCAGGGAGUACACGAGUCCAGGGGUGUGACUGAAGACUACCUACGCCUUGAGACACUGAUCCAGAAGGUGGUGUCACCGUACCUGGGCACCUAUGGCCUCUACUCCAGCGAAGGGCCCUGUACCCAUUCCUGCAUCCUUGAGAAACGGCUCCUGCGCCGCUCCCGCUCUGGAGACGUCCUAGCCAAGAACCCGGUGGUGCGCUCCAAAAGCUACAAUACACCCCUGCUCAAUCCCGUGGCUGAGCAUGAAGCAGAAGGCACAGCAGCUGGUGGCACAAGCAUCCGUAGGCACUCGGUCUCUGAGAUGACAUCUUGUCCUGAGCCCCAGGGCUUUGUGGACACACCUGGCCAGGGCCCUUCAGGGACCUUCAGGUCCUCUCCAACACCCCACUCAGGGCCUUGCCCCAGCAGACUGUUCCCCCCUGCCCAUUCCCCAGAGCAGGGCCCAGCCCACGGCUCUCCACCCACCUCCAGCCCUGAGACACUGGUGGACCAGAUCCUGGAGUCCGUGGACUCAGACUCUGAAGGAAUAUUCAUUGACUUUGGGCGGGGUAGUCGCUCCAGUGUGUCUGACUUUGAUGCAACCGGAAGCCGGCCAAGUAUUGUGUGAUGGCCUGAGGUUCGUUCAUGUUUUUACUGGCCCCUGUUUGUUUGUGUGUGCGUGGAUGUGUGUGUGAGAGACUUGUUCACCAGCCCCCUUGUCACUGACUUGGUCACUGUAUAUUCCCAGUCUGCGUACCCCAGGUCUGAUUGAAUGUCCCGUUGGUACCACCCAGAUGACCCUCAAAGAUGGGGUCACCGUGUGUCCUCCUGUCUGCCCCGCCCUUGGUGCCCACACCUACCCAGGAAAAUGUGAAGCCAGUAGGUUCUGCCUAUGCCAGCCCAGCUUGGCCCCCAUAGAGAUGGGACUCAAGCCACAGCCAGACCUGCCUCCCUCUGCCCUGGGUGGCCACCAAACAGGAAGGCAUGAAAUAAAGUUACAGUUCUGGGUU